CCCAUAUCUACACCUUGGUCACAAUCUGAUCAGUUCUCAUGCUGUCAACACUGCUGAGAGAAAAGGUGUAGCCCACAUGUGCAUCGUGUUGGGUUUUCUGUAGAGGAAGCAACACAAGCUUCUGUUCAUUUGGAGUGCUGAGCAGGAACGUGUCCAUCCUCUGAUAGAGUGAUGGACCUCAUUUAAACUUUGCUAGCUGCUCAGUGUUAUCCUCAAGCCUCGGACUGUACGAGACUAUUUCUUCAUCGACCCUCCUUGGCUUUCAGCAACCAUGUACAGCAGCGGCUACUCCCAGGUCUCCAAGCACGGCCCAGGCGCCCUGAAGAGGACGCAGUACCGCUCCAAGGGCAAGAGCUGUGGCUACUACAUGCGCAUUGUCUUCUUCUUCUCUUCGCUCAUUCAGUCCCUGAUCAUAGUCAGCCUGGUGCUCUUUCUGGUCUACGGUAAGACGCAGGACUCGGCGUCCACAGAGCGCAUUCAUGACCUGGAGGAGAGCUUCAGCCGACUCUCCAUAGAGAACGUGGCCCUCAGGCAACAGAGGAAGAACCUGACCAACUUACUCAACACGACCCUGACUCUCAAGGCUCGCAACGACUGGGACCUGGAAAGGUUCCGCCACUACACCAACAUCUCAACAUUCAUCAUCCAAGACUUUGAAAGGAAACUGCAACAGUGCAAACAUGAUUUCUUCAUGUGCAACGCCUCGCCCCGUUUUCCUUGUGACUGCUCAACAAGACAAUCAGAUAACUGUAACUGUGGCUUGCUGGUUGAGCGGCUGAAAGCUCGGCUUGAGUUAGUGGAGUCCAACUUCACCCAAACGAGACAGAGGAUGAGGAUAGAAGUGGAGCAGACCGCCAAAGAGAGGGACUACAUUAACCUGGAGGCCAUCCGUCUGAGGAGGGAAAAAUCCAUACAGGAAAAAGAGUUGCAGAUCAACAAGGAAAAAUGUAAAGGUGACUUCUUCCAGUCCUUGAGUGGCGUCUCCAACGUCUCCAAGGCUUUCCUCAUGAAGAUUGAAUCCCUCUUCCCCACACACCUUGCCUUCCAGCUCACCUGCACGAAACAGAGGGAUUACCUGGAGCAGAUCCAGACCAACUGCACCAGCCUGUCCAGAGAAGUGGAGGACAAGUUCCAGCGUUACUUGAACAGUGUGGGAGGCCAGCUGUCGGACAUCCAGGCUGAGAACAGCCGCCUGAAGGCAGAGAACUGGCGCCUGUCCAGUGACUACCGCGUGUGCACCCAGAACCGCACGGGCCUGAUCAAGGAGCACAGAGAGAAGUUAGACAGGCUUCAGCAGAAACACGACCAGGAAAAGGAGAGACUCCUGAUGGACAAGAUGAGGUUAAAUGGAGAAAUGGAAGUCCUGGUAAACAAUGUCAAAUUCAAAAUUAAGGAAGUGGAUCACCUCACACAGCAAAUCAACCAUCUCAACAUGUCCUGCAUGUCUAAGCCAGGGUUUGCCGCUGGGUCGAACUCUCGGACAGGCAUAUUAAGUCAGCCUGCGUGGGGUGGGUAUGGUGGUGGUGGAUCCAGCUCUGCUAAUGGGGCUCAGCUUAGUAGGACAGGGUCAGGUGGGUUGGGCUUAAGCCUUGGCUCCUCUGGCUCAAUCUUCAAUAAGCAAGGAUCAACUGGGACGGGCUCCUCAAGCUCAUCUUUCUUGUCACCUGGGUCGAGUUCAAGCCUUGGCUCCUCUGGAUCAAUAUUCAAUAAGCAAGGAUCAACAGGAACAGGCUCCGCAAGCUCAUCUUUCUUGUCACCUGGGUCGAGUUCAAGCCUUGGCUCCUCUGGAUCAUUGUUCAAUAAGCCAGGAUCUACUGGAACGGGCUCCUCAAGCUCAUCUUUCUUGUCACCUGGGUCGAGUUCAAGCCUUGGCUCCUCUGGAUCAUUGUUCAAUAAGCCAGGAUCUACUGGAACGGGCUCCUCAAGCUCAUCUUUCUUGUCACCUGGGUCGAGUUCAAGCCUUGGCUCCUCUGGAUCAAUAUUCAAUAAGCUAGGAUCUACUGGGACUGGCUCCUCAAGCUCGUCUGGGUCAAGUUCAAGCCUUGGCUCCACCGGGUCAGGCCUCAAUAGGUUUGGAUCAUCUGGGAAGAGCUCUUCAAGCUCAUCACUUUCAUCAUCUGGGUCUAGUUCAAGCCUUGGCUCGUCUGGAUCCUUGUUCAAUAAGCAAGGAUCAACUGGCACUGGCUCUUCAAGCUCAUCACACUCAUCAUCUGGGUCUAGUUCAAGCCUUGGCUCCUCUGGAUCCUUGUUCAAUAAGCAAGGAUCAACUGGCACUGGCUCUUCAAGCUCAUCACACUCAUCAUCUGGGUCUAGUUCGAGCCUUGGCUCCUCUGGAUCCUUGUUCAAUAAGCAAGGAUCAACUGGCACCGGCUCUUCAAGCUCAUCACACUCAUCAUUUGGGUCGAGUUCAAGCCAUGGCUCCACAGGGUCAGGACUCAAUAAGCCAGGAUCAACUGGGGGAGCUUCAUCAAACUUAGGAUCAGCAGGCUCAAGUUCAAGUCUUAGCUUAAGUGGGAUCGGCUCAAAUAAGCAAACAUCAAGUGUGAGGAGCUCCUCAGGCCUUGGGGCGUCCUCUGGGUCUACUGGGUCAAGUUCGAGUCUUGGCUCAAGUGGGAUCGGCUCAAAUAAGCCAACAUCAAGUGUGAGGAGCUCCUCAGGCAUUGGGUCAUCCUCCGGGUCAACUGGAUCAACAAGCAAAACUGCGCCAAAUGCAUUUUCCUGGUUUGGGUUUGGGAAUAAUAAUGCAGGACAAAGUAAAACAGGAAGUGAAACAGGGAAAGGACCAACAAGUGGGAACAGUAAUGGUGGAACUGGCUCCGCUCUUGGUGCAGGACGGUCAAGUGGACUGGGAGGUGGCUCAGUUAAUGUCGCUCAGCACCUUCAAGAUCUGCAGCGCCUCAUCAACCCCUCUGGUCAAGAGGAGAAGCAGGAUCUCUCCAGGAUGUUGGGUUGAAUCAUCUUCUCUUGAUGAGCCAAACAAAACAAAUCAAGAGGUGUAUACUCCAUUCUAUUACACACAGCAUAUCAUGUUCAUACAUUGGAUAUUAAAUAAAUGUACCAUAUAAUAUACAGUUAAUGACUGUUUAUACUUCAAUAUGCAUUUAUUAAAGAAAAAGUUUUAAAUAACUUUUGCCCUUUUGAAUGUUAAAUGUGAAAAUGUGUCUCUCAAUGAUUUGUAUCCACACAGUUAGCAACUUUAUCAAGAAUAAUUAGUACUUUUGCAAUGUAAAUAUAUGAAAAUAAAAUCUUUGUUUUAAUGUAAGCACA